GAAAACUCUGAGCUGAGGCCGUUGUAUUGACGGACACGCUGCAGAAUGAGCACGUCUGUGGCCUGUGAGAGUCAACGUGCAGCAUCUGCAGCAGAUGUUUAUGUGUUUGAACCUAUUGGUGUCAAAGUCAGUCAAAGUUCAGAGUUUAACCUGAUGGAAAUGAUGGAGGUAGAGUACUUACAGCACAUCAUUCAGAGCCAUAUUGAUGCUCAGGUGACUGAGACAGACAGCUCAGGUCUUUCACACCUUGAAGAAAACUUGCACGAUGACCGAGAUGGGCGUAUCAGCUGCUCGCCCCACACCCCGUUAGCGUGCGAACCAGACGUCACAUCAGAGGAGUCCAGUAAUACAGGUCCGGUGGACAUUCAGGAGAUUAAAAUGCUGUUGCUAAAUGAGUCAAACAGCGCACCGGGAUGUGAGACGACACCCGCCAGCAGCGCAGAGGUGCCAAGCGAUGUUGUGUGCGUCGUGGAGGAGAGGACAGAUGAGCGCCGCCAGAGAGCGACACGGCCCCUGGAGGGGAGACCAAGUCCACCUGCACGUGUUUGCCUGGAGAAAAGAUUUUUAUCAGUACUUUGUCAUUCUACAAACACUUCAGGAAUACCCGCACAUGCACAAAUAGAGAAAUGGAGUAAACCAGAUAAGAUAUCAAAAAAACAAGGCACAUAUCCAUAUGAAGGACGUCUGUUCAAAACGGGUGGUCAGCAGUCUGAGCUCAUCAUCCCUACAGAGCUGACUGUAACGUUCAGAGCAGAUAAAGGCUCAGAGUCUGUGAUGAGAGCUCCGCUUGUCAUUUACACUGACACUGCUGACCAGCAAACUGCAGCCUCACUGAAGAAUGAGGUGGUGGAUAAAUCUGUGCACCCCAUCAGGUGUGUCCAGACAAGGCCUCUCAGGUCAUCUAACAUCACACAGGGCUCAGAGAACCGGAAGCCGUGCGCAGGUACGUCCAGUACUAAACGUGGCAGGACGAGACCUCUCGUGGAUCGAACUCGGCGCAAAGAAGAGCACAACAGAAAGGAACGUGAUCGCAGGAGAAGAAUCCGUCUGUGCUGUGACGAGUUAAACCUGCUGGUGCCGUUCUGUUAUGCUGACACUGAUAAAGCCACCACACUGCAAUGGACCACAGCCUUCCUCAAAUACAUUCAGGAAAUACAUGGAGAUCGACUCAAGCAGGAUUUCCAGAGCGCUUUCUGUGGCAAGACUGGACUGCGGUUGAAGCCUAGUUGUGUUUCGGUGACACUUAUUGACAAAGCCUAAAAACUUGUCCUCGCACAACUUUCUAAGUUCGUGUCCAGAAGACCCUGACCGUUUGUUCUCGCAGACCAGCUGGAGUGUGAAACGAAGCACAACCCAUUGCUCCUUUUUUUCCCCAAGUCUGCAGAAGACACUCGGUGCCCUUUGAAAGUCUACUGUAACAUAGUUUAAAAAUCGUUUGUAUUUUUCAGGCCUUAUUUGUUUGAAAGGCAUGACCAUUCGUUGUAUUAAUGUCUGUUAUAUAAGUGUUAU